UGGAGAGGAAAGGAAAGAUGGAUCAACCAAAACAUCACAGUCUUUCUGUGGGUCGCACCAGUGUUAUUUAGUGGACCGUCUUUGUAUUGUCAUCGACCUUUUAAGCCUAAAGGGGUUGAUCUGAAGCUAAGCUUAUACCAGUCGAAGGUUUUGAAGGUUUUUGUCUUUCCAUGCCUGUGUAACUUGUUACCGAUUUUUUUUUCGCAAACUCGAAGCGCUUCUCCGCCCACCAAGGCCAAGUCCAAGAGAGAUCGGGGCACACCAAUGAUCAGCUGUUUGACUUUGACCCUGAAUUUAGCUGUUAGAAUUGUCGCCAGCGUGUCUGUUUUACCACCAUGUCUGCUAGCAAAUUUCUCGAUUCUGCGAAAAAGAUAAAAGCAGGAAAAGGCAAGUUAGCUACUUAUGCCUUUUUAUCAGUCGUUGCAGCCUACGGUCUUCGCACAUACUAUCCACACCUUGUUAAACUGAUUUCAGGGAACGGCAAAAGGAAAAAAACUGAUGAUGGAGAAAGCAAAAAUGGCCAAAAAAAUGCUGCGAAAUCUCCAACCCAUAAUCAAAAAGAGCAAGAUGCCAAAAAGGAUAAAGCCAGUCCAAAUGUUGACAAACUGUUCUAUUCUCAGUUGCGGUACUUGGUGAAAAUCAUUAUACCAAGAAUAUGGUGUAAGGAGUUUGGAUUCCUCUUGGUGCACACUUUCAGUUUGAUUGCUCGCACAUUCCUUUCUAUUUAUGUCGCAAAGCUUGAUGGAAGUAUUGUUCAAACAAUUGUACAACGAAAUGUUACAAGAUUUAUAAUGCAGUUGUCCAAGUGGAUCCUCUUGGCUGUCCCUGCCACAUUCAUCAACAGUUUGAUCCGAUUCCUCGAGAGUAAGCUGGCUUUGGUCUUUCGUUCUCGCCUCGUGAAUCAUGCAUAUGAAAAGUAUUUUAACAAUCAAACUUACUACCGUGUCAGCAACCUUGACAGUCGACUUUCAAAUGCUGAUCAAUGUCUGACAGAAGACAUUACGAUGUUCACAUCAUCUCUUGCCCAUUUGUAUUCACAUCUGACCAAGCCACUACUUGAUGUUGCCCUCAUGUCUUUCACUUUAUAUAGACUAGCCAGUAGUCGAGGUGCCAGCUCUAAGACUCCAACUAUCAUUGCAAGUGUGGUCAUCAUCAUAACUGCCAAGAUAUUGAGAACAGUGUCUCCAAAAUUCGGAAAACUGGUUGCUGAGGAAGCCAACCGGAAGGGAUACUUGAGAUUCAUGCAUUCAAGAAUAAUUACUAAUGCUGAAGAAAUUGCAUUUUACAAUGGGCACAAGAUUGAGGAGUCCAUGCUGAGCAAAUGCUAUCACUCCCUGGUAGCUCAGAUGGACUUGAUUUUCCGCAAGCGGUUGUGGUACAUUAUGCUUGAGCAGUUCCUCAUGAAGUAUGUGUGGAGUGCCAGUGGCCUGAUCAUGGUGGCAGUACCUAUCAUCACAGCCACUGGCAUCAGAGAAGAUGGCUCAAGUGUUGAAGAUGAUGUUGAUGGAGGCGUGAGUGAAAGAACAAAAUACUUCACCACUGCUCGAAAUCUGCUGAUCAACUCUGCCGAUGCCAUUGAGAGGAUGAUGUCUUCAUAUAAGGAGAUCACAGAACUUGCUGGCUACACGUCACGUGUGUCUGAGAUGUUUGAAGUGUUUGAUGAUGUGAGUCUAGGCAAGUACAAGAGGAACACCGUGUCCAAACCAAAGAGUAACAAGUUGCACCAUGAGAGAAUCAGUGGACCUCUUCUUCAAAAAGGUACUGUGGUUGACACUCAGUCAACAAUCAUCAUUGAAGAUCUUCCAAUUAUCACACCAAAUGGGGACAUCAUCGUUCAGUCCCUCUCCUUGAAGAUGGAGCCUGGUAUGCAUUUGUUGAUCACUGGCCCCAAUGGCUGUGGCAAGUCCUCACUGUUUCGCAUCUUGAAUGGUCUGUGGCCUGUGUAUGGAGGAAAACUGUGCAAGCCACCACCAUCUUCUAUGUUCUAUAUUCCCCAAAGACCAUACAUGUCCAUCGGCACCUUGCGUGACCAGGUGAUCUACCCAGACUCCCUGAAAGAUAUGAGAAACAAGAACUGUACCGACCUUGACCUUAUGGCCAUCCUGCAGCUUGUUCACCUGGAGCACAUUGUCCACAGGGAAGGAGGCUGGGAUGCUGAGUGUGACUGGAAGGAUGUUUUGUCUGGUGGAGAGAAACAGAGAAUGGGAAUGGCCAGGACCUUCUACCAUAAGCCCCAGUUUGCCCUCCUGGAUGAGUGCACCAGUGCAGUGUCUAUCGACGUGGAGAGCAAAAUCUACCUGGGCUUGAAAGAAGUGGGCAUCACUUUGCUCACCAUCACCCAUAGACCCACACUCUGGAAAUUCCACUCUCACCUGCUUCAGUUUGACGGCGAGGGAGGCUGGAGAAUGGAAGAGCUCGACACAAGCACGCGACUGUCUCUGAACGAAGAAAAGCAGAAGCUGGAGAGCCAGCUGGCAGGAAUGCCUCGCAUGCAUGAACGACUUCAGGAGCUCUGCACGCUACUUGGGGAGGACUCGGUUCUGCUGACAGAGUCCUACGGAGACAGUCCUAAAGAGCAGGGAGAGAACGGAGACAGUUCUUUUGAAAUUGAGAAUUCAGACUGAAGAGCUGAGGCUAACGUGUCCAUCCCCUAAUGUCCAUCAGAGUGGUUUUGUCUUUGUGUUCCCUGAGAGUUUCGUUAUUUCGAUCAUUUUGGUGCCUCAGAGUGUGUAUGGUGCACACAAAUGAAAUUUGUGAUAAUAUUAUAAGCCUUCUGAAAGGAGGCUGUUUCUCUCAAAUUUACCACAAGAAAAAAUUCGUAUUAACCAAAAACGAGUUGUAAUGUCUUGCAACAGGCUGUCUUUUUCUGAUCCCUUUCCUUUUAUAUUUGAAUCUUGUAAUUGCUUAGAAUCUAAAAUAUAACUUUGUUAAUUUGAAUAUUGAUUAUUCCUCAUUGUAAGACUUUUAAAUAUGUAUUGUCUGUGUAAGUUGUAGACUUUCUUGGAAUAUUGACUGGAGAAAGAAAAUUUGUCAUUUACAGAAAUAUUUGAACUUGUCAGUAUUACUCUUCCAAAAUUCAAGGAUAAGAAAAAGCAGAAACUGUCACAAGACAGCACCAAUGCUGUCAAAAUGUUAGCAGCUCCUGUAUGACCUUUGUUCAGUUGUACAACGUUUUCUCUAACUUAUAGCUCUGAAAUGUGAAUUUAGAGAAAUGUCAGACCUUUUUAUAUUGUUUAGUUUCUCUUUUGUCAAGUUCCAAAGAUCACUUCAA